AUGUCCUCCGGUCUAUUUUCAUCCUCCGAGCUCGGUUCUAUCUUUGCCAGCCUUGGAAACCCAACCACCAACGAAGAGCUCCAGGAGAUGAUCAACGAGGUCGACUUCGACGGUGAUGGGUUCAUCGAUUUGCAUGAGUUCAUUGUCCUGAACACCAAGGACAUUGAUUCUGACGGGGUUUUAGAGCAUUUGAAGGACACGUUUUCUCGAGCAUUUGAAGGACACGUUUUCUCGGUGUUUGUUAUCGACAAGAAUGAGAUGAUAUCAGCGAAGGAGUUACAAAACGUUCUCAAAAGCUUGGGAGAAGAGAGCUGGUUGGCUGAGUGCAAGAAGAUGAUCAGUGAGAUUGAUUCGAAUGGCAAUGGGAUCUCACGUUUCGAUGCUGUUGGAUCACAAAGACAAUCGGUCGAAUGA